AUGUCUGUGGGUGGAGGGCGACGAGGAAGUACUCAAAAGAAGAAGAGUUUCGAAGUGCUCUCAGAACGACAGAAAAGCCGCAGAGCGGAAGAAUUAAGUUUGAAAAUAUUGGGAAUUAGAGUAGAUUUUCCAUCGGCAAGAGGUGCGGGAAACUCCAAUAACGGAAAUCUAUGUCGAGUCGCUUUCUCAAAGCCACUAGAAUUGUCAAAGAUACUGGGAGUGUCUAAAAAAUUAAUCAACAACAUCAGAGUGAUCCUGAUUGCUCUAUCAUGCCAAUUGCCACUAAACAUCGAACGUUUUCAUAAUUUUUGCAAGGAAACAGCACGACGUUAUAUCAAGAAAUAUUACUGGUUCCCGUUACCUCAAUCCAUCCACAAAGUUCUCAUUCAUUCCCGCGACAUAAUGCUGGCUAACGAUCUUACUGUUGGAGUUUUGGCAGAAGAUGCGUCAGAGUCCUGCAAUAAGCUCUACCGACACAACCGUCUAUUUCACGCAAGGAAGAACAGUCGUAAAAAUAAUCUCGAGGACGUCUUCAAUCGAGCCCUCGACUCCUCAGACCCCAUUGUCGCAAGUUUUGGUUUGCAAAAUAGACAGAAGUCACGAUUUAGGAAAAACAUUCCACAUGAUGUUUUGAGCCUAUUGCAAGCACCGGACGAGCCAGCCUCUAGAUGUUAUGAGGAAGGGGACACCGAGGAUUUGGACGCAACAGAAAUGGACAUUAAUGAGGAUGGAUUGACAGAAGACUUCACCGAAACCUUAGAUAGAUUACAUUUAGAAGAAGACCAUCACUACGAAGAGUGCGACGACGACGACGACGUUGAAGAAGCAGACGACCGCGAAUCCGACGACACCGACUUCGACGACACCGACUCCGACGACUCCUACUCCGACGACGACGAAUCUGAAGUCGUGAUGGAUAAUUGA